AUGUCAGGCGAAACGCUAGAUAACGAUGCCGAUUACGGCCGUCUACCAUUCGACCUCUUCGUCUUGGAACGUUGGGAUCAUGAUACCGCGGAAGACAGUCAGGAACAGUGGGAGCGACUCGUCUGGGAAUGGCAGAAGCUGUCGCUAAUCGAACGCUGGCCGUAUCAGCGCCGUGCCCAAUCCGAGUCCUCUCCGCCUGAAAUCAGCGAGGAGAUCAGGCGUGUGCUGGCCACGCACCAGACAGUACAUGAGCGUAAUUUCAGCCUGGUCAGCAGUGACGGCUGGCAGAUCUUCUGGCUGCGGACAUGCUACGACCCGGAUCUCGCGAGCAAAUACGAAGAGAUGAAACAGAACUCCAAUGUGCCUGGAUCGGGCGUCCCAGAGGACAAGAUCCUGGACGACCCCGCCCGCUACAAUUUCGACGACGGCAGCAAGGACUCCUGGCGUCGGGUGUUAGUCCGCGUUCCUGGCAUCACGGACUUCGGUGGCAUUAUUGACAUGGAUGGAGACGGGAGUAAUUUACAAUACAAGAGUGGGCAGAACGAUGAGUACUUGGUGCGCCAUGCCGAGGAGAGCGAGGAAGAUUGGCGGGACGUCAUUCGAGCGGAGUUGAAAUUCCAGGCUGGUCUUUACCUGUUGGACCGAGAGGCCAUCGAGUCUGGACUGAUCAAAAUCCUCUGGCUCGAUGAGCAUGGGAAUAUCGCCUGGGAUAACCGGCUGGACCCCUUUACGUCUGACUUGGAGGGGCUAGCAGGAGCGCUCCUCAAUGCUACAAGUUUGGUGGAAUUGGCCAACUACGACGGCACCCGCGGGGCUAUGAUUGAGCGCUAG